GCACAUGUUCGGAAGAAAUUCUAAAAGCUACAACUUAUCACUAACUUCUCGACUGUCGAUAUUAAUUUUUGAUAUUCACAUAAUAUCUACAUUUUAUCUUUGACUGUUCUUUGAUUCUAUAUGAAUAAUAAGAACAAUUCAGACUGAAGUCAGUAUUUCCUACUUUUCAAAGGCUCCAGUCUAAGGUUUUUUCAUUUUGGUUCACUUUUCCAGUGGCGUGAGCAAUCAUUUAUUCUAGACUUACAAACAUCCACCGUACAGUGCUUGCAGUUAUUCAGCAUAAUGUUAAGAUCUUUAAUAUUAGCUAGAGGAAUACAUACAUCCAGUGCAAACUGGUCAUCUAGCAAAGCACAACUUUUAAAAUUAAGAAAGAAAACAGGAUAUCCAUUUGAAAGCUGUAAAAAAGCUUUACAAUUAAAUGAUAACAGUUUAGAAAAGUCAGAGGUAUGGUUAAAAGAAGAAGCUCAAAGGCUAGGAUGGGCAAAAGCUAAUAAACUUGCCAACCGUGCUACAGCCCAAGGAGUUAUUGCAUUUGCAAUUGAUAAUCAAAAAGAAGUUGCUACUAUGGUGGAAGUGAAUUGCGAAACUGAUUUUGUGGCUCGUAACAAGUGUUUUCAUUCUGUUGUUGAAAUAGUCACUUCAUCUUGUUUAGAUUUUGCUAAACAACAAAAAGCCUUGGAGAAUUCAUUUUCUAAAGUUAAUUUAAAAAGUGGCGAUUUAAUGGAGUUAAGCGGUGCUGAAGGUAAAUCAUUGGCUGAUCAUGUUGCAGUUACAAUAGGUAAUCUUGGAGAAAAUGUUACUCUCAGACGUGCCACAUGUUUAAACACUAGAGACACUGGUUUGAAUAUUAUGGGUCUUACUCAUCCAUCAAAUACAACUGGAUCUCAAUUUCUUUCCGGUAAAUACGGAUCACUUCUAAUUUACCGUAAACAACAAGAUAGUGAAAAAAUUAAUCAAAGGUCUAUGGAGAGUUCUCAUGAUGAAAUUCUUCGCCAAAUGUGUCAACAUGUUAUUGGUAUGAAUCCAAAAAGUGUUGGAGUACUUAAUAUACAUGAACCUAUCAAAUCUCAAGAAGUGGUACCUGAUAAAAAAUUUAAUGAAAAUGAUGAUUCAUCCAUGGAUAGUAUAGAUGAAAAAAAUUCAGACUCUACAAUUGAAGAAGAUGGCAUGCUUGAACAAGCUUUUUUAUUGGACCCAUCUAUAACUGUAGGACAAGUAGCAACCGAUUAUGGAAUUGAUGUACUAGAUUUUGUGCGUUACGAAUGUGGUGAAACAUAAUUACUACAUUUCUGUAUAUAUAAAUUAAUAUAAAUUUAAUUUUUAAUAAUCAUGUUCAACUGCAUUUUAUUAUAGUUUGAUAAUACUAGAAAUUAUAAAAUAAUGUUUUAUUUUUUAUUUUUAUUUUCCGUAUUAGAAAAUAAUUCUUUAUUAUUACGUAUAUAACGGUUCUACCUUAUAUAUUUACUAAUGAAUUUUGUAUAGUUUAGAAAACUGAUUUUUUACUUAUAAUAUCACAGUAUAAUUUUUAAGAUGCUUUACUGUUUGGGUUCUUUACAAAAAAAUAUUUCAUUGUUAUUUAUAAACUUUUCAUUAGUAACUUAACAUUAAAAUGUUAAAUACUGAUCUUUUGACCACACAUGGGGUUACAAAUACCUUGGUUGUAUAUUCUUAGUUUAGUAAGACACUCAAAGUGUUACUAUUAAAUGGUGUAAUUCUAUUAAAAUGUUUAGUAUCGUCAA